AUGUUUUUCGCUUCUAAAACUGGUUUUAAAAUUACCAAAGCCCUAACAAAAAAUUUAUGCUUUAUACAAAAAGCAAAUAUUACAGGCAGGGGUACGAGAGGUGGCCCCUUGGAACUGUUAAAACCAUUUCCCUACGAAGAUAGACCAUUUACUCUUUUCGAUUCAUUUUUUGACAACACUAUGUACAGAGUAUGUCAAGAAAAUGCUAAAAUUAUUGUCGUCGAAGGACCUAUUGCUUGUGGUAAAUCUGCAUUUGCCCAAGAAUUGGCAGAACAGCUGGAUAUGAAAUACAUACCCCAACCUACGAUGGAUGAUUAUUAUAUAUUAUAUAGUGGUUAUGAUUUAAGGCAGCAUGAUGAUGAAUUGCCAUCGAUUGUUCGCAGUUUUGAUCAUAGGAAAUUUUGUGUGAAUCCUACAGAUCCCAAGAGUUGUAUUUAUCAAAUAAACAUGAUGUUUUUAAGAUUUUUUCAAUAUGUCGACGCUUUAGCACACUUAUUGAAUACCGGACAAGGAGUAAUUCUCGAAAGAAGUUUUUACACUUAUGCAGCAUACAUGGAUGCAAAUCUGUAUGCGAGUACUUUUUUUAAAAAGCCACAUUUAAUCAUUUACCUGGAUAUACCGAUUCCAGUCGUACAAGAAAGAAUAUGCACAAGAAAUUAUUCUUAUGAACAAAAUUCUCCAGCUCUUACACCUGAAUAUUUACAAUCACUUGAAAAUAUAUGGAAAUUGGAUUAUUUAAAGAAUUCAAUUCGUCGCUCUGAAAUUUUAGUCUAUGAUUGGUCAGAUGGUGGAGAUGUUGAAUUAAUUGUCGAUGAUAUAGAAAAAUUAAAUUUUAGCCUUUUUAGAAGAGAUGAAAAAUUUAUUCAUUGGCAAUUAAAUAGAAGGGGUUGGGGUUAUUACAGACGAUGGCUCACUAAUGGGAAAACUACGUUUAAAAAAUAUUUCAACGCUCCUUAUUAUGUUAUACCGGAAUUGGAAAAAUAUCAACCGUACGUUUAUAAGAAAAGAGAUGACCUUUUCCAUAAGGUUACGUAUAUUUAUUUUUAUUUUUUUUUCAAGUUGGAAAAUUUAUUAACCUAUUAA